AUGUCUGAUCUUGGUGAACUAUCAUACUUCUUGGGUAUUGAAUUUGUUUCUACUAGUAAAUGGAUUUUCAUGCAUCAAAAGAAGUAUGCAGAACACAUUUUGAAGAGGUUCAACAUGAUGGAGUGCAAUUCUGUGAUCACACCAACUGAAACUGGAAUCAAGCUGCAAAUAGAUGGGGAUGAGAAAGAAGUCGAUCCUACCAUGUACAAGCAAAUUGUAGGCUCAUUGAGGUACCUAUGUAACACCAGACCUAACAUUGCCUAUUGUGUUGGGUUGAUAAGCAGGUUUAUGGAGAAACCAAAGACACCUCACUUCUUGGCAGCAAAAAGGAUUUUGAGGUAUGUGAAAGGAACAUUGGAUGUUGGCAUUUUAUAUCCUUACAGUAAGAAGAACUAUUUGGUUAUAGUGAUUCAGAUUGGUGUAGUGAUAAGGAUGAUAGGAAAAUCACUACUGGGUAUGUUUUCAAAUUUGGAACAACACCAAUCUUUUGGUGCUCAAAGAAGCAGAAUGUAG